AAUCCUUCUGCAGAACGUACUUGAAUCCUUCUGCAAUCACAAUCACAAUCACAAUCUCUCUCUCUCUCUCUCUCUCUCUCUCACACACACACACACACACACACACACACACACACACACACACACACACACACACACACACAAGGAUGGGUUCCCUGGGCCCAACUACCGUGAGUAGCAUGAGCAUGGCGAAGGCAGCCACCGUCGGCAUGAAGAACGGUGUGGUUGCUGUCGCCGAUCAGCAGCAAGCAGACCACAAGAAUUGCAGCAGCUAUGCCUUCCAGAUGCCGCUGCAAUACCCGCGGUACAGGAAGGCGGACUACGAGACGAUGCCGGAGUGGCGCGUCGACUGCCUGCUCCGGGAGUACGGCCUCCCCGUCGACGGCGACCUCGACAGCAAGAGAAAGUUCGCCAUGGGCGCCUUCCUCUGGCCCGACCAGUACUGAAGAAAUUAAACUCCAUCACCUCGCUGAAUCACCACCUGAGUUCGACAGGAGAUCAAGCAAUUGCAGUAACCGGAGCUUAAUUAUACGCAGUGCUGCAGCCCGCGACCGGGGUUCUAUCCCAAGCACGGGAAUCAUCGAAAGAAAUUAUGCGCAGUUCUGGUAUAUGUAUAAUUCUACUCUCAUCGUUCUGGCAUACCUAUUCUGUUCUCUACAAUCAUCCAUGUAUGUAACCAGGAGCAUAUAUGCAUGCUCUUCUGUUGCAUGAUAUAUUUAUGUAUGGAUCAAUAUAUGAAUGAUUGCACUUCUUGUUUGAA